CUUAUCAAUUUAGACGAUUGUGAGAUUGAUAUCAAAGUGAAUGCAUUGAUUAAAUUGGGAACAAUUAAAGUGCAAGAGAUUGGCCGCGAAGACAGUUUCAAUUUGGCGCUCGAGUGUUUCGAGAGGGCAAUCAAAUUGAAUGACAAGAAUCCGGACAUUUAUCUCCAUAGAGCACAGAUUUAUCUAUUGUCUGAACGAGUGGAGGACGCCUACAAAGACUUAGAGCUUUGUUGUCAAUUGAACGAUACAUUCGCCUCGGCUUUCGCUCAAAAACUAUACGUUCAGUUCCGGUGUGGCGUCAGAUAUAACGACGACUCCACUACCAAUAAAGCGCUCAAAGGUUUUGAAACUGCGAUUAAGAAAUUUAGCGAAUCGAGUGAAUUGUUCUCACUUUACGCUCAAGCAUUGAUGGAAAAGGGAAACUUUGAAAAGGCCGAGGAAUACUUCAGUAAAGCCAUUGAAAAGGAUCCCAAAGACGGCAACCUUUAUGUUCAUAAAGGAAUCCUAUUCUUGAAUUCCAGUAAC